GUUCUUUCAUCCCUCUCCUAUUCUUCCCUUGCGUCCGUCAACCAUAUUCCUCCCUGUCUAAUUCCACCCACUAUUUUUUUUUCUAACAAUCGAUCCCCUUUGGUGUAGAGAAGAAGACAGUUGCAGAGGCCCUCAUUUUCUAUAUCGCACAAUCUAAUCCGGUUACUAUUCAUUAAUCAUACAGACAGCACACUUGUUCAGUUGCGCUUCCCCAGCUUCUCUCUCGCUUCAGCAUGGACAAGAGCGAGCUGAAUCCGGACACCGUGGUCUUGGACUCAACCAACACUACCUCCAAUCCUACUCCUGCUCAUGAACCUAUUCCUGGUGCAUCUCCUCCUCCCCCUCCUCCUCCUCCUCAGGCCAUAAACCCUUCUUCUGGGGAAGAUCUGUCAACGAGCAAUACAGACACUCAACAAACCAUCGACAACAGCAACUAUAAUAACCACAAUAAUACCACCGCUUCCUCUGCUCUAUCGGAGUCCACAGUUUCUUCCGAAACCAAAUCGCUCAAGUCGAACCAACAGCCCGCUGCAAGCAAUAUGGCAUCCAACCAACCCUUACAACCGACCGACCCAGGACCGCUUUCUUACCAACACGAAUCCGGGUCUCAUGAGACUGCACACAUUCCACAACGACCAAACAACAAUGGGCCUUUUGCAUUCACACCUGACGAGCUCAUGGAGCUCAUGGACCCAAAGUCGCCAGAGCAACUGGCGGCCUAUAAUGGUACUGAGGGCAUUCUUAGAGGGUUGCAUGCAGAUCCAGUCCGGGGCCUAUCUACUACCGAUAACAGGCCGCUCGAAAGUGUUGGUGUUGUGGCAGGCGGAGAACAAAAGGAGCCACCACAAGCAAUUUCGGGUGUCAACGUGGGCGACAUCGACACCGCUGCGGUCUCGUUUGCGGACCGUGAAGAGUACUUUGGACGGAACCUGCUGCCCAAGAGGAAGCCAAAGAACAUUUUUCAAUUGAUGUGGAUUGCAUUGCAGGAAAAGAUUCUGAUCCUUCUGCUUGUUGCCGCUGUCAUCUCCAUUGGGCUUGGAAUCUACGAGGACUAUGGCAUGAAACAUGAACCAACCGAACGCUUCAACCGGGACUAUACCUCCUACAUCGCCACUGAUCCCAAGAUCUCCUGGGUCGAAGGUGUCGCCAUUCUGGCCGCUGUCAUCAUCGUCGUCAUGGUCGGUUCCGUUAAUGACUACCAGAAGGAGGCCCAGUUCCGCAAAUUGAAUGCCAAAAAGGAAGACCGUGAAGUCAAGGUUCUUCGAAAUGGUGAAACUGUCCUGCUAUCCGUGUUUAAUGUCCUUGUCGGCGAUAUCCUGCACCUUGAGCCCGGAGAUGUGAUCGCAGCAGACGGUAUCUUUCUCGGCGGACACAAUUUGAAGUGCGAUGAAUCUGCCAUGACAGGAGAAUCUGAUGCGGUGAAGAAAGUGACCUUUGAGGAGCUGAGAAGGAUGCAGGACGCCGAGGCUGCUUUGAACAAGGGCGAGAGUAAAAUCCAAACCAAUCAUGAGGGCAUCGAGGUUAUUGCUGAGCCGCAACACGGUAUCCAUGGAGUCGACCCCUUCAUCAUCUCUGGAUCCAAGGUCUUGGAAGGUGUGGGUAUUUACGUUGUCACGGGUGUAGGCGUAAACAGUUUCCAUGGAAGGACAAUGAUGUCGCUGCGCACCGAAGCCGAGGAUACACCGCUGCAGAUCAAGCUGAAUGGCUUGGCAGAGAGGAUUGCCAAACUGGGCAGUUUGGCGGCCUUGCUCAUGUUGAUUAUCCUCAUCAUCCGGUACUUUGUGGGAUUCAGAAGGAACGGAACGCCUGCCGGUGCAGAAAUCGUGAAGAGUUUGGUCACCAUUGUUAUUACUGCCGUUACAGUCGUUGUCGUUGCUGUUCCUGAAGGUCUUCCCCUGGCUGUCACCCUCGCCCUGGCUUUUGCAACCACACGCAUGCUGAAGGACAAUAAUUUGGUCCGCAUCCUGGCUGCGUGCGAGACCAUGGGUAAUGCCACGACCAUCUGCUCUGAUAAAACCGGAACGUUGACCCAGAACAGGAUGACUAUUGUUGCUGGUACGUUGGGAGUCAACACACGGUUUAUCGCUGAUGGCCCCGAGGGAGAGGCCAAUCCUCGCGCCAACAUUCCCGUUAACCGCCAUGCCGUCCCUAUGAGUCAGCUUGUCAGCAAAUUGCCACCUGCGAUCACUACGCUAAUGCAUGAAGCCAUCGCCAUCAAUUCUUCAGCCUUUGAGAACACCGACGACAAGGGUAACCUGUCAUUUAUUGGAUCCAAGACCGAAGUCGCUCUGCUCGACUUCUCAAAGAAGAUCGGCGGUGCUGACUACCGUGAACUCCGCGAGGCCGUACCCGUCGUCCAUCUGUUUCCCUUCUCUUCUGAACGCAAGUCCAUGGCUACCACUGUGCAGAUGGGUCCAAACAAGUUCCGCCUUCACGUCAAGGGUGCCUCCGAGAUCAUUAUGAAGCGCUGUAGCAAGGUUAUCCAGAUAGGCGGUUCUUCCGAACAGAAUGGUUCCCUGAGUGAGAAGGAUCGCAUGGCGGAGGUGACUGAGCUGGAACUCGUGGAAGAGCUUCAGACGCAGGUCCACAAGACUAUCAUUUCCUAUGCUACGCAGUCUCUCCGAACCAUCGGAAUUGCCUACCGCGAUUUCGAAUCUUGGCCACCUGCCGGCGUUGAGCUCAAUGAGGAUGGUGACGUUCCGUUUGCUGCUGUCGCUGAGAGCGACUUGACCCUAAUUGGUGUUGUUGGUAUCGAGGAUCCACUGCGCGAGGGUGUUCCUGAGGCCGUCCUUGCCUGCCAGCGAGCUGGUGUCUUUGUCCGCAUGGUUACAGGUGACAACAUUCUGACGGCCAAGUCGAUCGCAACGCAGUGCGGCAUCUACACGCAGGGUGGAAUUAUUAUGGAGGGGCCCAAAUUCCGUGCGCUCAGUCCUGAAGAAAUGGACGCAGUGAUCCCACGACUCCAGGUCUUGGCUCGAUCCAGUCCUGAAGACAAGAAGAUUCUGGUUGGUCGUCUCAAGGCCAUGGGCGAGAUUGUGGCCGUAACAGGAGACGGUACCAAUGAUGGUCCUGCUCUCAAGAUGUCGGAUGUUGGAUUCUCCAUGGGUAUUGCCGGUACUGAGGUCGCCAAGGAAGCCUCGGCUAUUAUCUUGAUGGACGACAACUUCUCGAGCAUUGUCAAGGCCAUCCUUUGGGGACGCGCAGUCAACGAUGCUGUCAAGAAGUUCCUGCAGUUCCAACUGACUGUCAAUAUUACCGCUGUCAUCCUGACCCUAGUUACUGCCGUUAUCUCUGACACACAAAAGCCCGUAAUGUCUGCUGUCCAGCUUCUGUGGAUCAACCUUAUCAUGGAUACCCUGGCCGCCCUUGCUCUCGCUACAGACCCACCUACUCCUGAACUCUUGGACCGACAGCCCGAACCCCGCACAGCGCCUCUGAUCACCUUUACGAUGUGGAAGAUGAUUCUUGGCCAGGCCAUUUUGCAGUUGACGAUCACCUUUAUUCUGGAGUACGCAGGCAUGGAGAUUCUCAACUACGACGAAAUCCCCGGCUGGCUUCAGCCCAAGGUUGAUGAGAAUCCGAAAAUUAAGGACGCUUACACUGGUUUCAAACGACAGGAGCUCGAUACUAUGGUGUUCAACACUUUCGUUUUCUUGCAGAUCUUUAACGAGAUCAACUGCCGUCGACUGGAUAACCACCUCAACAUCUUUUCUGGCAUCCACAAGAACACGUACUUUAUUGUGAUCUUCAUCAUCAUGGUUCUGUUCCAGGCGAUCAUUGUCCAGUUUGGCGGCGCAGCCUUUGACACCGAGAAACUUGGAGGUAUCCAGUGGCUGAUCUGCAUUCUCUUGGGUUUCCUUUCGAUCCCCGUGGGUGUUAUCAUCCGUCUGAUCCCCGAGGAGAUCUUUGGAGGCCUUCGAGACCGCAUCAACCGGCCAUCACCCCCCACUGGAGGUGUGCCCAACUUUGAGAAUUACCCAGCGAUGGCUGGCGAUAUUGGUCGUGUCGCUUCAAUCCCAGUCUCUGUUAACUCUCAGCAAGGAUCGAUGGUCGGUGUCAGUCCCGGCAGCGGAUACUCGAACCGUGACAGCCAUCUGGCCUGGAACUCUGCGAUUAACAAGGUCCGGACAGAACUUUCGGUGUUCAAGGCCAUCCGUGGUGGUCGCUUGUCGGCGUACCAUAAUACGGAUGAUCAACAUAUGCUCUAUACUGGCGCGAUGGUUCCUUCGCUGGUUGCAACAUCUGUGGGCGCAGGAUGGGCGCCAAGGACGCCUGGUUCGGGUGGUCAAGGUGAUUGGAGGACUGGAAGUCCACGAUCGAGUAUGAUGGGGUCGCGUCAGGGCACUCAGGCUUCACGUUCGUGAUAGCCUUCAUGUGAAUAAAGAUGACCUUUUUACCCGGUCUUGACAAUUUAAAAUGGAAAAUAAUACCAUGCUCGAGAGCAUUGAGCAGCGAUGCUUUAGCGUGAACUUAAAUGGAUCUUCUUCUAAACCCUUGCAGCAAUUGCUUCUGUUGAUGUUCGCACUAAGAUAGAGGGAGGAAUGAAUGUCAACCAGGAGCAAGGCCGUUCAUCCCAUUCUUUUUAUGGCCAAUAUAUCCUCCCACGAGCAUGACUUGCAGCAGGGGCAAUGGACGAAGACCAGCCGAAAGAUGGACGCGCAGG